AAACUUCAUUUAAUUUCAAAGAAAAGGUAAGUUCACCCCUCCCUGUUUGUGCAGUGAAGCCCUCCUCCUCCUCAGCCUGCAGAUCCUCAGCUUCUCAUGAAUAAACAGCACUUUCUAACAUCCUCCCCUUCCAGCAGGCGGUGGGGUUUCAGUUAGGGGGGAGACUGACAGGUGGACCGUCCGUGAGCCCCGUCUGUAAUCUGGGAAAAAGGGACUUAUAGCGUCUUCCUCGGCCCUGGGAAGACCAUGGCUCUCUCCAGGAUCUGUCGGGAGUCUUUGCUGGUGCUUUUACUGCAAAUCGUGCUGAUUUGCUCCGCUCAGAGGGGCCCGGUCGGUCCCAGAGGCCCCCCAGGGCCCGCCGGAGUAGCUGGCGUGCCAGGAGUGGACGGUAUUGAUGGCGACAGAGGAGAGGACUCUACAGUGGACGGCGGACCAGGCCCUGAUGGUGAUAACGGCAAAGACGGAGCUCCCGGAGCUGCAGGUCUUCCAGGCGCAGAUGGACCUGUCGGACCUCCUGGAGAUCCAGGUGCAGUCGGCGCACAAGGGCCAAAAGGGGAUGCUGGAGCACGUGGACCUUCUGGAGAGCCUGGUGUAGGACCUGCCGGGCUUGAUGGUAUUCCUGGGACAGAUGGGCUACCAGGUGAACUGGGUAAAGUCGGACCCCCUGGAGCAAGAGGCCGAAGAGGUCAAGUGGGUCCUCCUGGUCCUGCUGGGGCUCGGGGACCUCCUGCCGUGUAUCAAGGCGAGGACCUGUGUCCCAAUGCCUGCCCCUCUGGUCUGAAUGGACACGCUGGUCUCCCCGGCAUGAAGGGCCACAAAGGGGUUAAAGGUGAAUCUGGUGAGCCUGGAAGGCAAGGACACAAGGGAGAGGAGGGCGACCAAGGACUACCGGGUGAAGUCGGAGCUCAAGGACUACCAGGCCCAGGUGGACAAAGAGGUCUCCCCGGAAUACUGGGCUCCAAAGGUGACAGGGGACCUCGUGGAAAACCUGGUGAUUUAGGUCCUCAGGGCAUCCAGGGAGGCCCGGGUGAUGCAGGCCAAAGAGGAGCGAUAGGUGAGAUCGGGCCAAGAGGAGUAACGGGAGAACGAGGUCCAGUUGGAAUCAGAGGAGUGCCGGGGCCAAAAGGAGAGGCUGGUCUCGUUGGUCCAGAUGGUCGUGAAGGAAUUCCUGGGCUGCCGGGGUCAAAGGGUCUUCCAGGGAAAAAUGGUGCUCCAGGUGAUGCCGGUCCACAAGGUCUUCCUGGUUUGCCAGGCGCUUAUGGCCAGAAAGGUGUCAGUGGUUCAAAGGGUAGCACAGGUGAUCCAGGAAGUGUAGGACUGAUGGGAUCUUCGGGGAAACAAGGCGAGCGUGGCGAGCAGGGAGAGGUGGGACCUGUUGGACCCAGAGGAGGACCAGGUGAACGAGGAGAGAGAGGACAUGAGGGGCCUCCAGGACCACCAGGAGGCAGGGGAAGCAAGGGUGAUCUGGGACUUCCAGGACUUCCUGGUCCUGCUGGGUAUCUUGGCCAGAAGGGUGACAGGGGUGCCGUCGGUCUCGAUGGUCCAAAGGGAGAUCAGGGACCUGCAGGCUCUGAAGGAACAGCAGGAGAGAGAGGAGAUCUGGGUGAUCAAGGUGAACAAGGAGAGAAAGGAUCGACGGGCCCACCAGGAGAGACAGGAAAUAAAGGACCCGAGGGCGGCCGAGGACAGCAGGGGAAAGAGGGCAAGCCGGGCCAACUGGGACCCCGUGGCAUGCAGGGCGACAUGGGGGUUCCAGGCCUGCCGGGGGCGCAGGGAUCACCGGGAAAAUCACCAACAGAUACACAUAUCAAACAAGUUUGCAUGAGAGUAAUGCAAGAGCAGCUGGCUCAGCUAGCAGCCAGCCUGAGCAGGCCUGAGUCAGGUAUUGCUGGACUACCUGGUCCCCCAGGCCCGCCUGGACCUCCUGGCCCUACCGGAGAGAACGGUUUCCCCGGACACGCCGGAUCACGAGGACUACCCGGUCUGAAGGGUCCGCCUGGGGUAAUUGGCCGCAAAGGACUCAAAGGUGACCAGGGUGACAGAGGGGACAGAGGACCCACAGCGAGAGGACCCAAAGGAGCACCAGGUGCUCCUGGUCUGCCAGGUGAUCCCGGCAGAGCUGCUUAUGGCACAAAUGGUCGUGACGGAGAGCGGGGACCUCGCGGCGUUCCCGGUAUCCCCGGCGUUCCCGGGCCUCCCGGUCCCGCCGGUCUGAACGGUUACUGUGAGUCGUCGCAGUGCGUUCUGCCCAUGGUGGCGUCGCCGGUUUCGGCAAAGGACUCCAGCAUGAAGGGCCCCAGUGACAUGUGAGGAAGGGCUGAAGCUGAACUGGAGGAAAACUGAGAGACUAGAGGAGAAAACCAGCACUCCAUGGAAGAUUUGUCUUUUGGGGUUUUGUCAUUUGGUGAGGGUGGCCAAUGAACAACAAACAUCAUUUUAAAAAAACUCCUAACAAAAAGCUUUCAUUUUUACCUCAGUUUUACCAUCUCUGUACUGUAAAAUAAAAAAAGGAGUAGUAAUAAGAACUCAGUGUAUAUGUACAAAACAACCAGCCCCAUUUCCCUCAGAUCAAAUCUAAAAAUGCAACAACGAGGCGAAUCUAAAAGUUUUUCUGUAUGUUUAUGUAAAUGUGUCAAUACGCAAAUUAUACUGCUGGAUGACGUACAUCUGUUUGUGAGUAUCUUUGUUGUUUACCAACUAAAAUCCCCCUGUGCCUUUUCCUCUAAAUGUUUUAAUAAUUUCUCUGUCAUGACGACUUGUUGUUUUUGUGAUUGGAGGGUGGCGUUGUUUGGAAACCUCUCUAGCAGUUUUAUAUGACUUCUUAUUUAUUAUAUCAAGGUUCGACGGGACAUCUUCAAGUUGUACAAAGGAGGAAAAUAAACACAUUUUGAUAACCUCUUGCAUGUUUUGUAUGGACGAGUACAGCCAAAAAAAAAAACCCAACCAGGACUGAGCGUUAAAUAUUCCAACAAUCAACAGCUUUAAGAUAUUAAUUCCUCCAAAACAGACCAGGUGUGAUGAUAAAUGACGUGUCAGCUGUGUCAUGAAGACAUGAACACACAUUUUGAGGGCUUGAUUUGACAGUUUUCAUGUAAGUUUUCAGUAUUUCAUCAUAUUCUUGA